AUGACGGCCGACAAUACAAGCGGACUCUCCGAGUUCGAAAAACAGCGCCUUGCGAACAUCGCCGAGCGCGAUGCCUUACUCAAAAAGUUGAGCUUAGAGGCGCAAUCAGCGGGCAUUUUCACCAGCCCAAGGACCGUCGGGGGCAAUGGCCCGAAACCGAAGAAGAGAGCACCACCGAAGCGCAUCAAGGAAGAGGAGUCUCCACUACCUCGGCGCCAGUCCUCGCGCCUGCGGGGUCUGACAGCUGAUAGUGAAGUCGCAAAGCGGAAGGCCGAAGACGAUUACGAGGCGGCUAGGGAGGCUGAGCGGGCAAAGAAAGUCCGCCGAACCGAUUCAUAUUCUGCAAAUGAUAUGUUCAUUGCUGGGCAGAAGCUCAACGGAGAUGGUUUGAUCGGGGUGGAUGUCGUGAACAAGGGUGUCGCAGAGCCGUACGUGCGGACAUUCGGCGAUGCAGACGUCAAGAAAACCACCGACAAGGACUUGAAAGCUUUGCGGGAAGAAAUGAAUGGGUUGAGUUUGUGGGGGCAAUGGGAUCCCCAAAGGAUUAAAAUCACGCCCGAGCGAGUCUAUGCCAUGGCCUUCCAUCCUUCCGAGUCCAAGCCCUUGAUUUUUGCCGGUGAUAAGAUGGGCCACCUGGGUGUUUUCGACGCAUCCCAAGAGAAACCAGAGACGGGAGAUGAUGAGGAUGACGAUGAUCCCGAUCCGGUUCUGACCACUCUCAAACCGCACACGCGGACGAUCACUGCGAUGAUGGUUCACCCGUCAAAGCCGACACGUUUAUAUACCGCAAGUUAUGAUAGCUCUAUCCGAGAGCUUGACCUUGAAAAGACCACUUCAGUGGAAAAGUACGGUCCCCAGUCGACAAACAUUGACGAGGCUCUUUCUGGACUUGAUAUGGCCCCCGAGGACCCAAACACCCUGUACUGGACCACUCUGAAUGGCACAUUCGGACGUUAUGAUAUGCGCAGCAAACUGUCAGAGAAGACGGUCACUCAUUGGCAGCUUUCCGAAAAGAAGAUCGGAGGCUUUACUUUGUGCCCUUCCCAGUCGCAUUAUUUCGCGACAGCAAGUUUGGACCGGACGUUGAAGCUGUGGGAUCUGCGUAAACUGUCAACUAAUGACCCUGUGCCGGUCGCCGAGCAUGAGAGCCGCCUUUCCGUCUCACAUGCUGCAUUCAAUGCCGCUGGCCAAAUCGCCACUACAUCAUACGAUGACACCAUCAAGCUCUAUGACGUUGGAGCUAAGGGCUUUUCGUCAUGGAAGCCAGGCCAUACACUUUCUGACCAGGAAUUCCGGCCUGAUACUGUUGUGCGGCACAACUGUCAAACAGGUCGUUGGGUGACCAUUCUUCGUCCCCAAUGGCAGAUGAACCCCCAAUCCCAUAUCCAGCGAUUCUGUGUUGGUAACAUGAACCGCUUUGUCGAUGUCUACAGCAGCUCUGGCGACCAGCUGGCCCAGCUUGGCGGUGAUGGCAUCACUGCUGUUCCUGCGGUAGCUGUAUUUCAUCGUAGCAAGAACUGGGUCGCAGGCGGCACAGCUAGUGGCAAAGUCUGUCUGUGGAUGUAA